AUGGUGCUAGAGGAAGGGCUUAUCUUCCGGCCGAAGACGCCAACAACUUGGUGGCAGGAUGCAACAGCAAGUACAAGUGUGCUUCAUAUUAAGGAUGAGCCCGCAGAAGUUUGUGAUCCUGUUUCAUUGGAUGGCACCUCUUCAGGUGCAUGCUUCAACAUCAGUGCAACAACUAUUCAACCUCCAUUCAGCAACAGUGUCCCAGUCACUGUGAACAGUCAUCCCGCAGGUCCUAAGCCUAGAGGCAUUGCACCAGACCAGAGCAAGGACCAAGAGACAGGCAAAUCGUCGAUCUGUGAUCACGAAAAGGACACGCUCUACAGAUGCACUGUUUGUCUGGCUACAUGCACCGAAAUUGCUCACUUGGAAGUUCACCUCAAAACACACGAAACAAAGCCAUUUACCCACGGCACACAUUCUGCCACGUUCCAGCACGUGCCUGCUCAAGCCAGCCCGAUAUGCAGUGUGCACGUACAUGUUGGCAACGAUUCUGAACAGCAUCUACCAAUGUCCAGGGGAGAGCAGAGACUGCGGUACGAUCUCUGCCCCUCUACUUUCUCUCCAACAGAGUGUGCCAAAGACCGCAAGGUGCACACCGAGAAGCCAUACAAGUGCGAUCUCUGUCCUGCAGCGUUCAGCCGCAAAAUGCACUUGCAAGAUCACAGGCACACACACACGAGAGAAAAGCCAUACAAGUGCGAUCUCUGUCCCGCAGAAUUCGGCCGCAGCACGCGCUUGCGGGUUCACAAGCAGACGCACACGGCGGGCGAGAAGCCGUACAAGUGUGACGUCUGCCUUGCAGGAUUCAGAGAGAGCGCGCACUUGCGGUGUCACAAGCGGACGCACACGGGUGAGAAGCCAUUCAAGUGCGAUAUCUGUCCUGCGAGGUUCAGCCAGAGCGCGAAUUUGCGGCGACAUGAGCAGGCACACACAGGCGAGAAGCCGUACAAGUGCAAUCUCUGUCCCGCGGAAUUCGGCCGCAAGAUGCACUUGCAAGACCACAAGCACACACAUACGAGAGAAAAGCCACACAAGUGUGAUAUCUGUCAUGCAGGGUUCAGCCAGAGAACAUACCUGCAGCGUCACAAGCAGAUACAUACAGACGAGAAGCCACACAAGUGCAACCUCUGUCCUGCAACAUUCAUCCGGAGCACGCACUUGAAGCGUCACAAGCAGACACAUACAGGCGAGAAGCCGUUCCACUGUGAUCUGUGUCCUGCAGAGUUUAGCGAUUGUGCGUAUUUGCAGUGUCACAAGCACACACACGUGGGUGAGAAGCCAUACAAGUGUGACAGAUGUUCUGCAGGGUUCAUCCAGAGCGCACACCUGCGGCGUCACAAACAAACUCAUACGGGUGAGAAGCCUUACAAGUGUGAUAUCUGUACUGCAGAGUUCAGUCAGAGUACACACCUGGAGCGUCACAAGCACACACACUGGCGACACGCCAUACAAGUGUGA